CAACGACUACAAUCAUUGGCGCACGAUACUUCUCACCACCCGCUUUGUUCGAGUUUAGAGCAAACAGACAGACGAUACCCGUCCUCAGCAUACCUGCAGCUCUAGACGGACAACCUUUCACCACACUGCACACACAACUCCAAAACUAGGCCAACAUGUCCGACGACGAGUUCAUGAUGGAGGAUGCCGCCGACGAUGAGGAGUAUGACUUUGAGUUUGACGAUGACGACGACGAUGUCAUGGAUGACGAUGGAGGAGACGUCGAGAACCAGUACUACAAAGCCAAGUCGCUCAAGGAGGAUGAUGCCGAGGCAGCAUUGAAGGCGUUCCGCACCAUUGUGGAGGACGAACCAGAAAAGGGGGAAUGGGGCUUCAAGUCACUCAAGCAGAUGACCAAGCUCAACUAUCUCCAACUCCAUCGGCCCGAGGAGGCAAUCAAGACAUACCGCGAGCUGUUGGCUUACACCAAGAGUGCCGUGACGAGAAACUACGCAGACAAGUCGAUCAACAACAUUCUGGAUUAUGUUGGAGGAGAGGGCAAGCACGCUGCAAUCUCGCCCAAAGUCCCUCUCGACACCCUUGAGGCGUUCUACGAGGCUACACGUGUAGCAUGUGAGGAGGCCAAGAACGAGCGUCUGUCAACCAAGUCCAACUUGAAGCUCGCCAAGCUGUGGCUUGACCGCAAAGAAUACGCCAGAUUGACUCCGAUCCUCCAGUCCCUGCAUGCUGCAUGCGCUCCAGGAAACACCUCUGCCUCUGAUGACCAGACCAAGGGGUCUCUGUUGCUCGAGCUCUACGCCAUUGAGAUUCAGAUGUACUCUGACCUGAAAGAGUCGCGUAAGCUCAAGGAGAUUUACAACGCGGCGAUGAAGGUCAAGAACGCCAUCCCCCACCCACGCAUCAUGGGUGUCAUUCGCGAGUGUGGUGGCAAGAUGUGGAUGAUGGAGAAGGCCUGGGACAAGGCAUCAACCGACUUGUUCGAGUCGUUUGGCAAGUACGACGAGGCCGGCUCGCCGCAGCGUAUCCAGGUCCUCAAGUACCUGGUCCUCACCCACAUGCUCAUGGGCAGUGAGAUCAACCCCUUCGACUCGCAGGAGACAAAGCCGUACAAGAAUGACCCGCAGAUCGUGGCCAUGACCUCGCUGGUGGCGGCGUACCAGGCUCGCGAUGUGAAGCAGGCUGAGAAGAUCCUAUCGGCCAACAAGGCGACCAUCACCUCGGACCCGUUCAUUCGGUUCUUUAUCGACGACCUGCUGCGGUCACUGCGAACGCAGUACAUUGUUGACAUCAUCAAGCCGUACACGCGCCUGAAGCUUGACUUCCUUGCCGACACACUCAGCAUCUCCACAAGUGAUGUUGAGAAUCUCGUCGUGUCGCUCAUUCUGGACGGCCGUAUCAAGGGCAAGAUUGACCAGGCUAAUGGAAUCGUUGUGCUUGACCGAUUCCACGCCGAAGCGGACGCGCGGUACCUUGCCCUGUAUCACCUGGCUGGAGAGCUUGGAACGCUGUCGAACCGCAUUGUCAAGGACAAGCUGUCGCGCGAUGCUCGCAGCUGGGUCAGUGGCAUGGAGAGCUUUGCAUGAGGGUUGUAGAUAGGCAGCAGCAGCAGC